ACACUCCUGGGAAGUAUUCAACACACUGCUUCUGCAGUGCAAAGUAUAUGGCCAUUUCAGCUUUAAAACUAAUUGAUUAUUUAAGCACUUUGAGGGUACUAUGAAGUGGUCAUCAGAACUGUCCAUCACUAGGUGUUACAGCCCGAGGGAAAGUUCCCACUUACAGACUGCAGCAGAAGAGAAGUGGCUGUACACAGGAUGAAAUAGCAUUAAUUUUAUACACUUUACAAUUUUAUCCAGCUCAUAAUAUGUGCACAACAAACUGGGGACUGAGCUGUGCUGUGCAUUGUGUACAUAGGGAAGAGAUCAUAAAUCGCCUAACAGAGCACUUUUCAAACUUCAGGACAUUCCCCAGGGAAGAGUUAAGAUGCAGAUUUUGCGUCAGAUGCUAUCAAAAGCUCAUAGGACUUGGCUAGGUUAAAUCCCUCUGCCACAUGUGCCUGAGCAGGUUGUUUGCAAAGGUCAAUCUCUAGCCUGCUGUUGCAGCAGCUAACAUUUCUCAGCUGUUCUUGGCUCAGUCCUCAAGGUAUGUAGUCUGGGAAACGUCCUCUCAGCUUCUUUGGGGAAUGUCUUUCCCUGAUGUUAGGAGAUGCAUCUAUUCAAAAAGAAAAGGACAGAUUUGAUUGGGGUUUUUUUUUAGUCCCAGGUUUUGUACUCAUUUAUUUUUCUCCUCCCAUGAAAAAGACUCUUCAGUUUCUUGAUGAUUCUUUCAGAAUUUGCUGUUUGUUUCCUUAUCUCUGUAAUAUUUCAGUUUGUUCAGGGGAUAUGUUCUCCCUACCAAAAGCCUGUGAACUAACAGGGCAGGAGCCAAAACCUAAUGUAGCAGCAUGUUAUUAAUUAGCCCGGGUUUGGCAGAUAAAUAACCCAAGAGGAAAGAGAGAAGAUUUGCAUUAUUUCUAUUUCAUUUGUGUUUUAUUUCAAUUGAAAGCAGCCCACUGAAGGAGGAGAAAAGCCUACAAUGACUUUACUGCAUAUGCACCUGUACUUCAGUGGCUUGGUCCUCUGGAUUAUACAGAAAUCUAGCUCCUUUGUGCUGCCUAAUGCCACUGACCUGCUGUACCCAACCAGCAGCACUGAGACUGGCCUUCUGUCUGGCAUCGGGGUGCCAAGGAGCCGCAGAAAGCGAUACAUAUCUCCAAGGGACAUGAGUGCAGUUUUGGACUAUCACAACCAGGUGCGGGCUCAGGUCUCUCCACCAGCUGCCAACAUGGAGUAUAUGGUGUGGGAUGAGAGACUGGCCAAGUCCGCAGAAGCUUGGGCAGCACAGUGUAUAUGGGACCAUGGGCCACCACAGCUGAUGAAGUACAUUGGUCAGAACCUCUCCAUUCACUCUGGCAGGUACCGCUCAGUUGUGGACCUUGUGAAAUCCUGGUAUUACGAGAAGCAGCACUACUCCUUCCCUUACCCUCAGGAGUGCAACCCCAGCUGCCCUUCCAAGUGCAGCGGUUCUGUGUGUAGCCAUUACACCCAGAUGGUGUGGGCUUCCUCCAACAGAAUUGGCUGUGCCAUCAACACCUGCACCAACAUGAAGGUGUGGGGCAGCACAUGGCGGCAGGCUGUGUUUCUAGUGUGCAACUAUGCCAUCAAGGGCAACUGGAUAGGAGAAGCUCCGUACAAGGUGGGGAGACCGUGCUCAGCCUGCCCACCCAGCUAUGGGGGCAUCUGCAGCAACAACAUGUGUUUCACAGGACUGAAAUCCAACAAAGUCAGCUGGUUCUAGGCCCCAGACCACUGUGCCAGGCUUCAGAGCAGUGGGAGAACCCGGGACAGGAGCCAUGGCUGGUUGACAGGAAAGAAUGGGAAUUACCAUGUACACCAAGGGUUAUUUAUGGCAGUGAAAUCCCAGGCUGCUUUCUCUUCCGUCCCUCCACAUUUGCCUCAGCUGCAUUUAGGAAGCUUUAAGCAGUAAGAGCUGAACACUUCUCUAUGACUGUUAUAUACCAGCAGUCCCUGCUUUCCCCGUAGUGCUGUGUAGGGAAUGGCUGAGCUGUCAUUGUGUCUCUAUAUUUUUUCAUACAGCUCUUUAGGGAAUGCUUGUAUUUUUUUUUUUUUUAGCUCUGAGGGAAGUAGGCAAAAGCUUAGAUUCGCAGGGCAUAGAUGUAUCCAGAUGUAUGCACUGCCCAGUUCCCAACUCUGCACAGAGGCAGAGACAGAAGGGCCCCUUCUUCUCACAUGUAAGCCAGAUGAGCAAUGUAAAUAAUGAUGAGACUUUCCUCUGAGCAUCCCCCAUAACUGAGUGACUGACUGGAGCAGCGAGGGCUCCAUGGGCAGCAGUGUGCUCCAACGGUUCCUUGCAAGUGACUCCACAUUCAUCCUGCACAACUAGCAGGGCUCUUUUUCAGACUGUCAUAAUAAAAGUCUUGAGACCAGGGUA